UCCAGAAAAAUCAGGAGCAUUGAAAGCUCCAUACCGUUGAAAAAGAGCCAUUACUACGCGCCUCCAUUGCUGUUUGAUGCCUCUUCAGAUCUCUCUUUCUGCUUCAAAAAUCUGCAGUCCAACAAAGCCAUGCAAAUUCCUGUUUGGGUCCUUUUCAGAAUCCCAUCUUUGCUCCUCUCCCGCCGGAAAAUCACCUGAUUCCGGCCGUUCUCCGGCGAAACCGGUCGGACAAUUCUUGGGUCAUCUCCUUUUCCUUUUCGGCCUGUUCUCAAAUGGGUAAUCAUCUGAUCUGCAUGCCGAAGAAGGACGGUCGCGAUGUCGGAUCACGGAGCAAGCGGGGCGGGCGGUCGCAGCGGAAGAUGGCGGCGGAAGAGGAGCUCUUGCACCGGCAGGCGCUGGCGAUGGCGAUUCACCAGCACCAGCUGUCGCAACGGUUUGACGGGUCAAUGUCGCGGCGGAUUGGGUCAACAAGCUCUCGGAGGCAGGCGCUCUCCGAUUCGUUCUUGAACGGGAAGCAGACUGCGGAAUCUAUUGAGAACAUUGAAACGAAGAAAUUCGUUCUUAUUCAUGGACAAGGGUUCGGAGCAUGGUGUUGGUACAAGUCAAUUUCUCUGUUGGAGGAAGCAGGACUGCUUCCAACUGCUUUAGAUCUCACAGGAUCUGGGAUCGACCAGACAGAUACCAACAGUAUUUCAACAUUGGCAGAGUAUGCAAAACCCCUGAUUGACUAUCUACACAACCUUUCUGAGAAUGAAAAGGUAAUUUUGGUUGGUCACAGUUGCGGAGGGGCAAGCAUAUCUUAUGCUCUGGAAUGUUGCCCUAAGAAGAUUUCUAAAGCAGUCUUCGUAAGUGCUACAAUGGUAUCAGAUGGGCAAAGGCCCUUUGAUGUCUUUGCAGAGGAGCUUGCAUCUGCCGAAAUGUUUAUGCAGGAGUCACAAUUUCUAAUGUAUGGUAAUGGUAAAGACAAGCCUCCUACCGGUCUCAUGCUUGACAAACAGCAGAUCAAGGGCCUGUAUUUCAACCAGACUCCUCCGAAGGAUAUUGCGCUGGCCACAGUUUCCAUGAGACCGUUCCCUCUGGGACCCAUCAUGGAGAAGCUGUCACUGUCACCAGAAAAUUACGGCACUGCAAGGCGCUUCUUUAUCCAGACGCUUGAUGACCAUGCGCUCUCUCCGGAUGUCCAAGAAAAGCUUGUCAGGGAGAACCCACCCCAGGGAGUGUACAAAAUCAAAGGAAGUGAUCACUGCCCCUUCUUCUCGAAACCACAGUCGCUACACAAGAUUUUGCUUGAAAUUGCCCAGCUGCCAUAGUGGUGAUCAUCGGAAAACGCCAUUUGGGGUCUCUUCAAAUGCAAGGCUGGAGUCUGUAUAGACAUGGGGGUGGCAAAGGCCUGCAUUUGCUACUGUGAGUUAUUAUUCUAGGUAGGGUGAUUGAGAGGCAUUCACCAUUUAUUUUAUGCAUUGAAGGAAUAACAUACAUGGAAAUAUGAGGGGUGGGGAAAAAAAAGAUUUUGAAUUUUAGUGUUUUCAUUUUAUCUAAUGCAGUAUCUCAAAAUUCAGGGGUAUUUUGGUCAUCGACUGUGUUAGCAUCAUCCUAGCAUUUCUUCUCCUCUUAUGAACAAUGUACGUUGCCAGGCAGUUUCAUUAAAAUGUCUGGACAAAUGCCUGAAUAUAGAGUACAUUCAGAGUUUAUUAUUAUUAUUUUUUAAUUAUUUCCUUUAUUUUA